AAAUAUUUCCCGCCUCACAAAACUGAUUCAAAUUUCACACCUCCAAAAUCGAAAAUUCGCAUUUAGAGCGCGCUGUUCGAGAAACAAAUUCGGAAACCAAAUUUCUCUCUCUUCGGGGGCUCCAAAUUCCUCGCAGCGCUUUGAUCUCCAAAACCCCCUUUCCCCAAUUUCAGUUCCCAAGUUUUUUUUCUUCUUCUGUAAUUUUACAUUUCCGACAAAUUCAGAUAAGAAGAUGCACAUAAAGGAAAUCUGUUUAGAGGGGUUCAAAUCCUACGCCACAAGAACUGUGGUCCCGGGUUUCGACCCGUAUUUCAACGCAAUCACUGGUCUGAAUGGGUCGGGCAAAUCGAACAUCCUCGAUUCGAUUUGCUUCGUCUUGGGUAUCACCAAUUUGCAGCAGGUUAGGGCUUCGAAUUUGCAGGAGCUGGUGUACAAGCAAGGCCAAGCUGGAAUUACUAAAGCUACUGUCUCAGUUGUUUUUGAUAACUCAGAUCGCAGUCGAAGCCCUCUUGGCUACGAGGAUUCCCCCGAAAUUACUGUUACUCGUCAGAUUGUAGUUGGUGGAAGGAACAAGUAUUUGAUCAAUGGGCACCUCGCCCAGCCUAGUCGAGUUCAGAAUCUGUUCCACUCAGUGCAGCUUAACGUGAAUAAUCCACAUUUCCUUAUAAUGCAAGGGCGUAUUACCAAAGUGCUGAAUAUGAAACCUCCUGAAAUCUUGUCUAUGCUCGAAGAAGCUGCUGGGACAAGAAUGUAUGAGACAAAGAAAGAAGCUGCUCUCAAAACACUUGAAAAGAAACAGAGCAAGGUAGACGAGAUCGACAAUCUUCUUGACCACGAGAUACUCCCAGCUCUAGAGAAGUUGAGAAAAGAGAGAACACAGUACAUGCAAUGGGCCAAUGGAAAUGCCGAAUUAGAUAGACUUAAGAGGUUUUGUAUUGCUUAUGAAUAUGUGCAAGCAGAAAAGAUUAGAGAUAACGCAGUUCAUUGCGUUCAAGAAAUAAGAAAUAAGAUUGUUGACAUUGAUGCUAGUGUUGGAAAGAUGCACGAGGAAACACAAAAAAUGGAGAAGCAAGUUUCGGAGUUGACUGCUGAGAAAGAAGCAAGCAUGGGAGGGGAGAUAAAAUUGUUGUCUGAUAGAGUCGACGUUAUGUCACGGGAUUUGGUGAAGGAAACUUCGGUUCUAAAAAAUCAAGAAGAUAAUUUAUCAACUGAAAAGGAGAAUGCCACGAAGAUUGAGAGAAGUCUUGAAGAAUCAAAGCUAGCAGCAGAAGAGAUGGCUACUGCUGUAAAAACAGCUGAAGAUGGUGCUGCUGGUCUUAAGAAAAAUGUUGAGGAGCUAUCAAAGAGUUUGGAUGAGCAUGAAAGGGAAUACCAAGGUGUAGUAGCAGGGAAGGGCAGUGGGAAUGAAGAGAAAUGCCUUGAAGAUCAACUGGCAGAUGCCAAGAUAGCUGUUGGAAGGGCAGAGACGGAAUUGAAGCAAUUACAAACGAAAGUAGGCCACUGUGAGAAGGAACUGGAUGAUAAAAAAACUCAACUAUUAUCAACACGUGAAAAAGCUGCUGCUAUAGAGAAUGAGCUCAAUGUCAAGAGGAAAGAUGUUGAAAAGGUUAAAUCUGCUUUGGAAUCACUUCCCUAUGAAGAAAACCUUAUGGAAUCACUCCAAACGGAUCGCACGACUGAGUUGGAGAUGGUGCAGAAAUUUAAAGAGGAAGCACGCAUAAUUUCUUCACAGUUGGCUAAUGUUGAAUUCAAUUACAGUGAUCCAGAAAAGAAUUUUGAUAGGUCAAGGGUGAAAGGUGUGGUUGCAAAACUAAUUAAAGUGAAGGAUAGCUCUGCAGUGGUCGCCUUAGAGGUUGCUGCUGGUGGGAAGUUGUUUAAUGUUGUCGUAGAUACAGAGAACACCGGAAAACAACUUCUUCAAAAGGGUGGUCUAAGGAGGAGAGUUACAAUCAUUCCUCUAAAUAAGAUCCAAACUUACCCCGUCUCACAGAGAGUUCAAAGUGCUGCCGUUAAAUUGGUUGGCAAAGGCAAUGCUGAUGUGGCACUCUCUCUGGUUGGAUAUGAACAAGAACUGCAAAGUGCAAUGGAGUAUGUGUUUGGAUCAACAUUUGUUUGCAAAACAAUUGAUGCUGCAAGAGAGGUUGCCUUCAACAGAGAAACAGGCACACCAAGUGUUACUCUAGAAGGGGAUAUCUUCAAUCCCAGUGGGCUAUUAACUGGAGGUAGUCGCAAAGGUGGAGGUGACCUGUUGAGGCAACUUCAUGCUUUGUCAGAAGCUGAAAACAAACUCUCUAUUCAUCAGAAACGUCUGUUGGAAAUUGAUGCUAAGAUUAACGAGCUUCUUCCGCUUCAACAAAAGUUCAAAGACCUUAAGACACAGCUGGAACUCAAGUCACAUGAUCUUUCACUCAUGGAGAACAGGGCCAAGCAGAAUGAGCAUCAUAAGCUCAGUGAGUUGGUGAAGAGGAUUGAGGAGGAGCUUGGAGAAGCAACGUCAGCCAUUAAACAAAAGAAACUUCUUUAUGAAGAAUGUGUAGCCAAGGUGUCAUCUCUUGAACAGUCAAUUCACAACCAUGCCGGAAGUAGGGAAAGUAGACUCAAGGAUUUAGAGAAAAAAAUUAAGGCUAUUAAGAGUCAGAUGCAAGCAGCUUCAAAGAAUCUCAAGGGACACGAGAGUGAGCGGGAGAGGCUUAUAAUGGAAAAGGAAGCAGCUCAAAAAGAACAAAUAUCUUUGGAGAGUCAACUAGCAGCUUUAAAGAAGCAGAUAAAUGAUCUUACUUCAGAAGUUGAUUCUCAGAUAAUUAAGGUUAAUUCAGUGAAAAAGGAUCACGAAGAGGUUCAAUCUGAGCUCAACAAGGCUCGUUUGAAGCUCAAAGAACGUGAUUCGGAAAUUACUAGUAUUAUCAAAGAGCAACAGGGAAUUCAACAUAAAAUUAGUGAGGCCAACUUAGAGAGGAAAAGAAUGGAGAAUGAGGUCAAACGUAUGGAGAUGGAUCAGAAAGAUUGUUCUCUGAAGGUUGAUAAAUUGUUAGAGAAACAUGCUUGGGUUGCAUCCGAGAAGCAACUUUUUGGACGAGUUGGGUCAGAUUACGACUUUCAGUCCCGUGAUCCUCACAAGGCUAGGGAAGACUUUGAGAAACUGCAAGCUGACCAAUCAGGUCUCGAGAAAAGGGUAAACAAGAAGGUCACAGCCAUGUUUGAGAAAGCUGAAGAUGAGUACAAUGACUUGAUAUCUAAAAAGAACAUUAUCGAGAAUGACAAGUCAAAAAUCAAAUUGGUCAUUGAAGAGCUCGAUGAAAAGAAGAAAGAGACCCUUAAAGUCACUUGGACUAAAGUUAACAAGGAUUUUGGGUCUAUAUUUUCUACUCUUUUGCCGGGCACAAUGGCCAAACUGGAACCUCCCGAGGGAGGCAGCUUCCUUGAUGGUUUGGAGGUUCGGGUAGCUUUUGGGAGUGUUUGGAAACAAUCCUUAUCUGAACUUAGUGGAGGGCAACGAUCUUUACUUGCACUUUCUUUAAUUUUGGCUUUGCUGCUCUUUAAACCCGCUCCACUAUAUAUACUGGAUGAGGUCGAUGCAGCGCUUGAUCUAAGCCACACACAGAACAUCGGAAGGAUGAUAAAAACUCAUUUCCCACACUCCCAAUUUAUUGUGGUUUCAUUAAAGGAAGGCAUGUUCAAUAACGCUAAUGUUCUUUUUCGGACAAAAUUUGUGGACGGUGUCUCUACUGUUCAGAGAACUGUGACGAAUAAACAGAGCAAGUGAUUCUGAUUAUCUGUUUGAUCUUCAAGAUUUUUCUCCAUUACACACACAAACCGGUGCCAGCUGGAGAUGUAAGGACCGAUCUUUGUCUUUCUCUGUGUAUAAAAUUAUUAUGCUUUAACUAAUCUUCUGAGUGCAUAUCUUCAAAUGCUGUGUAUACUUUCAGUUUUCUAUGUGCAAUUUGGGGUAGUGGGCAUUUUCAUUGUUGAAGAGGAAAUAGCCUUGUCUCUAAUUACAAUGCAAAAUCUUCACUAUUGGCAUAUUUGAUUGGAUAGCUUAAGGUUUUGGAAUAUGAUUAAAAUGCAAUCUAUAAAAUUUCAUUUUGAUACUGA